AUGCAGCACGACUCUGAAAUUGACUACUCUGUGGUGCCAGGAACCUCAUACCUGGUGGACUUUGACCACAACGAUAAAGCACAAGCAGAAACCAAGGAUGGGAUUGUGCUGAUCCCCACUCCUUCUGACGACCCUAACGACCCACUCAACUGGAGUCGUGGCCGUAAGUGGCUAGCCAUGCUUUGUGUGGUGGUGUACAUCUUUGGUGGUUCUAUCCCCAGCUGUUGUAUCUACUCCAUUUUGACAGACAUUUCUUCGGCUCCGGAAAUUGACAUAACCACCGGACAACUUAACGACGGUACGGGCUACUGGUUCUUAUUUCUUGGUAUUGGAAACCUUCUGCUGAUGCCAUUGGCUCAACAGUAUGGAAAACGGCCCGUCUAUAUUGUCUCGUUGCUUGGAUCGGUCAUGUUCAACCUCUGGCAACCAUAUAUCACUGACAACGGUCAAUGGAUUGCUUCCAAGAUCAUUGGCGGUUUUUUCUUUGCUCCAGUUGAGUCUCUACCAGAGAUCACUGUGGGUGACCUUUUCUUCGAGCACGAAAGAGCCACCUACAUGGGUGUCUACAGUGUUGCUCUAUUUGGCUCCAACUACAUGGCCCCUAUGCUGGCAGGUUUCGUUAGAGACGGUUUGGGAUGGAAAUGGGUGAUCUGGAUUGCUUGCAUCUUUGGAGCCGUCUGCUGGGUGUUCUUGGUGCUUUUCAUGGAAGAGACAAAUUACACCAGAAGACUGAAGGUGAAGAGAGACUCGGACGGCCACGUCCUUUCAACGAUCACUAGUCAAGGCGAGAAAAAAACAUCUGAACUGGUCCAGGUGAGAUCUUCCGAGGCCAACCAAGCUAUGCUGAUUGACGAUAACUCUGUGGAGUAUCCACCAGUCAAGACCUUCUGGCAGAAACUAUCACUUGUCGGUGGUGUUCAGAAAGAAAACCAUCUGGUGGACUACUUCAAGGCAAUUGUUCUCAUGGCUCAGUUCCCUAACGUUUUGUACGCUGGGUUUUUGUACGGAGCAGCUCUGUUCUGGUAUUCUGUUCUGAACGGUACCGAGGCCCUGAUUUUGGGAGCCGAACCUUACAACUUUUCGUCUGCCAUGUGUGGACUGGCUUAUCUGUCUGCUGUGAUCUUCUGCCUUGUGAUCUAUCCUUACGCUGGCUGGUCCACCGAUUGGAUAAAGAUCUAUUUUGCAAAAAAACAUAAUGGAGUGUCGCAGGCAGAAGACCGAUUCUGGGUGCUCCCUGUUUACAUGAUUCUUGGCCCGGCAGCACUCAUCCUCUGGGGAGUCGGUGCAGCCAAGGGUAUCCACUGGUUUGGGGUGGUGUUCGGUUUAGGACUCAUGGCUGGUCUCUGUACCAUUGGCUGUGUUUCCGCUGUCACCUAUAUUCUUGAUUGCUACGAAGAGAUGAGCGCACCGGCAAUCACAGUGGCCAUCUUGAUCAGAAAUACGAUGAACUUCGCAAUGGACUACGGCAUCACUCCGUUUGUCACCAACGUCGGGGUGCAAAACUGUUUCAUUGCGUCUGCCUUCAUCUGUCUCUUCUGCGUGGGGACAUUCAUUGUGAUGAUCUUCACCGGCUACUACUGGAGAAAUAAGACUAAAGGACGGUAUUGGAAAAUAGUCGAGACUUACCGCGCCAAAGGACUGAUAAACUAG